AGUUUGCCUGACAACAUCAAACCAUAUGUUUUUUUUUUCAAGAAAAUCAAAUAUUUAUGCCUUAGCUUCAAUUGCCACUUAUAUAAGCGUUAGGAAAGUUGAGUUUAAUUAUGUCUAAAAUUUGGAGGCGGGAGUCAUUUUUUUCAAAGUUGUUGGACACACCCCUGUCUGAGCCAUGGACAACAGGAACAUUUUUUGGCAAUCCAGUUAGCCCUCUGUGCAAUGCUGCGGCCUUGGCAGCACCAAUAUGGCGCACUACAUCGAGAACUUCAAAUAAAGUUUAUCCAUACUUUAACCCAACUCCUGAGGAUACAAGUGCUUUCCAGGAAAUGGAGGGUGACCUCGGUUUGCCUGGAACAGCUACUGCUACCGCACAUGGAACUAUAUCUCUACGUUUAGCUCACAGAAUGAGAGUAGACUUAACUAUAGAUCGUGCAGUCCGACUCCUGAACUUUAAGAACAACAUUGUUAUAGCGAUGAACCCCACUGGUUCAGCUUGUGCCCUCCUUCAUCCAAAUGGUAGAGUUCAUCAGUAUGGUAGCAGAGUAGAAAUAAUGGCUCACGACAUAAGAGGAAAUCACAAAUACGCUAAGAUGUGGUACAAAGGUGUCAGCUUCACUUCUGAAAACUGUGCACUUGUUUAUCUCGUGGACUCAGCUGGAACGCGUACUACAACAGACACAUUCUCCGAUCUCAUUCAGGAUUUUUCGUUGGGUGUUUUCUAUUCAGAGUCAAGGCAUGGACAGAGUUUCGCAAUUGAUGCAGUUAAUAUUAUACACGGAGCUCAGUAUUGGACAACUGAAGAGGGUGUAGAGAACUGGCUUAUUAAUAAUGUCCGCAUUUCACAGGCACCAGAUGGUCUCGUCAGGGUUGCUCGAAACAGUAACAAGUAUCACUUGCGCACCUCCCCGACUAAUGGCACAGCUUCAAUGACAACCCCAUUCCUCCAUUGCACAGCCAGCAUGGGCAGUACCUCUCACCUCUUCGUGAGGCGUGGUGAGAGACGCAUGCACUUUGACGGUUCCAGCUUCAUUGUACGCAAUGCUGGCCACUCGGCAGGAUUCGAUGAAAAAACUCAGCUUAAAGUCUUUUAAAAAUGAGCAGUUUUUGCUUUUUAUCAGUAUCCAUCACUGUCUCUCCCGAAACACAAGACUGAUGUCGUUUGCCACUGUUUUAUAUAUAAUGGAAGAUUACUUUAGGUUCCUGGCUGAAAAUAUGCCCGUUAUCGGGAUAGUUUUUAAUAUUUAUUGGAUUGGAAAUACUUGGCACAUCUUUGUGUAUUGUGUAUCUCAUGGGGUAUGUUAGAUGUACAUGGAAUAAACUGCGUUUCCUUUAGUAAUAUUUUAUUUUACUUUCUGCCAGUUAUUGUGUAAAUUAAUACAUCACAAAUCAUAACUCAGCUUUGUUUUUCAUUUAUUAAGUGUGUUUUAUAUUA